AUGGAAAAAUUCAACCAUUCAGUAAAUAGGGCUUUCCUGCCUCUUCUCACUCUCUUCAUAUGGCUCAUGCCUCAACUUGUCUCGGGACAGACAGCGAUACAGACGCAGUCGGUGCCUGGUAUCAUGCCCACAUUGGCCGGGCCAUCGAAACCGCGGAUCACCCCCUGGGACGAGGAGUGUACCACCAGAGGCCUAAUCAGGCCAUGGAUACUCUACUCUUCUUGCACAAACUCCGUCAUACUGGACCAGUUCUGGUCGAAAAGCUGCGCACCGUACGUAACCAGAACUCUCAAGGAAAACGACGCAUCGGAUGCCGUCGGAGUCUUGGCCGAUUGCUUAUGUCCAGCACACAAGAGUAUAGCCCGCUUAUGCUUGUCUCUUGUCUGUCCAUCCCAGGCAGAAAACCUGUACACCAAGCAGCUUCUCGAGGGUGUCUGCCCUGGUAUCUCGGCUGUAGUCAACUUUUCUUACCCGUUCCAGACUUCGGCCACCACAACCGCCGAGGGAACUACAACGGUUACUUCGAGGGGCAGCGGUCCUGAUGGUGCUUCGGGGGCGUUGAGAGUUCCAGUGGCCUUUCCGAUUGUAGCUGUCGCUGUUGGCCUGUUUUUACCCUUGCUAUGA